UGCAGCGGGCGGCAGGAGUGGGCGGUGGGCUCCCUCUGUCAUCAUCAGCAUCUUCAGCCAAUGGAGAAACCAGCGGAGGAGACACUUAACUGCGCCCGCAGAGCGGCGCGCGGAGCAGAGCGCAGCUCAGCGCCUGGCGCAUCGCGUCCAUCCUUUUCCAAAAGCUUCACGUGCAUCCUGGGAUUAAGAAAGAAAAAAAGCUCGUGGGGAAGUUUGAUCCCGUGGAUUUCCAGUUGGAAACAUGCAACUUUACACGCUGCUGGUCUCUUGUGGCAUCUUGGAUUCCAAAUUAAAAGUUACAAUGUGAGCGGUCAGAAUCUCCUCCCCAAUGAUUGAGACAAACACCCCCAGCAUGCUGGACAGGACUGAGCCGGCACACUGCACCGUGUGCUGCUGCACUCUGGCCAACAAGAUCCUCAUGGUGGUUUUCAUGCUGCUGCUCAUCCUAGCCACAUUGUUUGGGAAUUUGGUGACUUUGGCGGUGGUGUUCGGGACUAAAGUCUUCCACACGCCGCAGGGCUACCUGAAGGCAUCCCUGGCUGUGGCUGACCUGGCGGUGGGAAUAUUCGUGGUGCCACUGUCCGUCUACGCCGAGAUCCAUCUCAUGGUGACGGAGUCCGGACCGGAGUGGACUCUGUACAAUUCCCAGUCGGUGAGCUUUCACCCGUGCAACAUCAUCGGACCUAUUUUUGCUGGGUGCACUUUUGUGUCCAUCACGACCAUCUUCCUGCUCACGAUCGAGCGGAGCAUCGCCGUGCUGAGGCCGCUGCACAAAGACUCCGUCAUCACUCGGAAAAGGACAACCAUACUCAUCGUCCUCUCGUGGGUGGGGAGCUUCUCCCUGGCGGUGUCUCCCAUGGUUUUCAGCAGGGAGAUUGCGCUGGAGUACAACUCCUGCAGCCGGAUGUGUAACUACGCUUUAGGCACCAUCGGCGAGUUUCCCACCCAAGCCUGGAACAUCCUCCUCCUCUUUCCCGCGUUUGACUUCACCCUCCUGGGUGGCACGGUCGUCAUCAACAUCAUCUCUCUGUCCAGCAUCAGGCAGCACUCCAAACGCAGAAAAACCCUGGCGGAGACGGAAUGCCAAAGCACCAGCAACCCCACCUUCUCAGACAUUAAAGCAGCCAAAACCAUCGGGACCCUCACUGUGGCCUUCACGGCGUCCUUCACCCCCAUCGCCGUCUUUGUGGUCGGGAACGUUCUGGGGAACGAAUGGUGCAACUUUUCCUUUUUCGCCUUCUGGAUUUUAGCUACAAACAGCUGCUGGAAUGUUAUCAUUUACAGCGUGAGAGACCAGAAGUUCAGACUACGAGCACACAAACUUCUCAUGCCUGGUCACAGACAAAGCACCAUCACGACCAAAACACAAAAGACUGAAGAGCAAUGACAAGCUGAGCUUCAACAACCAUGUUUCUACCGCAGUUGUUUUGUCCAUCUUUAGUGAAUGCUGUUCAGAGAUGUUCUGUAAUUUAUCUCCAUUUCAUGCUUUCUCACAACAAAAAGACAAACAGGUUUCUGUGAACACAUGCUUUGGAUAAGAGUUUUGUUUGUUUUCCUCAGUGCACAUUUUGUCUUGUUCUGUAAAGUAUCUGCAGCCUGUCAGAUUUGUGGAGUAUUUGUUCAAGAGGAUUAAAAAAAU